AUGGAGAAGUACUUUGAGAUCAGAGAUUAUACUGAAAACAUGAAAUUUGUUUGGGGAGCAUACCAACUAACCGGAGAAGCUAUCAGUUGGUGGGAGAACAAAAAGGCCGAACUUGGCUUGAGAUCAAACAAUAUAACCUGGAGCAAAUUUGUGGAGGUGUUUAGACAAAGAUGGCUACCUCAAUUAUUCUUCGAGCAAAAAUUGACAGACUUCCAGGAUUUGAAACAAGGAGAACUUUAUGUACAUGCUUACUGGGAAAAAUUCAUGCAUCUCCUGAAGUAUGUACCUCACUUCCAGGUAGACAAAAAGUAUAAGAUCAAGAAGUUCAUUAUGGGCUUAAACAACCGAAUAGGUGGUCCAGUAGAUGUUUUAGCUCCGACUACUAGGGAUGAAGCUUAUGAGAAAGCUAUUAGGCAAGAACAAAAACUUUGUAAGGACGAUUCCAUUAGAGAUAGAAAUAGAAAGAAGAGUAACUGGGGACAGUUGUCUCGGAAUUUCAACAAGAAGGGAGAUAGAUAUGGGGUCAACAAUAAAAACAGUAAAAGGCACAAAGGAGGACAACAAAACAACCGUAGAGAUGGUAAGAGUUUUGAUAAAGCUAGAAGGGACAAUGGUGGGAAUAACAACAAAUCAGAAAAGGGACCACCAGGGGGUUGUUUUAAUUGUGGUGGCGAUCACUACGCCAACCAGUGCCCAACUAAACCACCAGGAGGACAACAACAAAGGAACACACUGCCACCUCAACGGGCAAUUUUUCAACAAAGAAUUCAUGCAGCGGUUGAUGACCGCCAAGCCGAGUACCAGUUCACACCAGUGGAGACUCCGGGUACUUUAUACGGUAAACCCAUUAAUAUACUCAUUGAUACAGUAGCUACAAAGAAUUUCAUUUUUCCAAAACUGCUUAGUAGAUUUCCUAGGAGAGUUGGUUAUAUGGCUAACUCAUGGACAGUAGAAUAUGCCAACCAGUCAAGAGCUCAGGUAGAGCAAUGCCUGUUUGGGGCAAGAGUAGAAUUUCCAAACUUCACUACCGAAGUUGACUUGUUUGUAGCACCACUAGGCACGUAUGAUGUCAUCUUAGGUAUGAAGUGA